GCGGUCAGGUGUUGCCUCAUAUAGCGCGCGAGGGAGCUGUCCCGGUGCUGAAACCGGAGCCUGCAGGCACACGCCAAAGACGCGCGCGGGGGAAAUGCUCUUUUUGCUUUCAUCCAAACUCUGAGCUCCUACCACUCAUAACAAAUAAAAACCAAGGCGGCAUGACGCGUUCAUUAAGCAAGCUCUCAGCGCUUGUCCUGGUCUCUCUCCUCCACUCCGUGGCCGUGCAUGGCGCCUCCGUCACCCGUCAUCACCGGCUGCGAGGCGGAACCGGCACCCAAGAUGCAUACCUGAGCCCAAACUCUGACAUGAUCAAAGCCUUGGAGUACAUUGAGAGUCUGAAACGUCGCACGGACGACUCCGAAGGUCCUACUGGAGAUUACGACGAAGUGGACAAAUUCCGGCUUCUGGUGCAGCUCGCUUCACUUCGGGACGAGGACACGCCGCUACGCGAAGACGCUGCAAGUUGGCCCGAUAAUAAAGCACCAGAAUGGGUUAGAGCUCUGCUCAGGGUCCUGGAGCAAAGCUCAGACGGAGCGCUGGCCACCACAAACGAGCGCCGCUUUCACAAAAGCCGACGGCCGGCGACUGAAGCCGAAAGUCCAGCGCCGGAGAGCGGCGCCGUGGUAAGACCUCACAAGAAAUAUCCACUAAUGUUUGAGGACGAGGAAAACGUCCGGGGCAACAAACGAGCCACUGAGGACCUGAACGAGCAGUACACACCUCAGAGUCUGGCCAACAUGCGCUCUAUCUUUGAAGAGCUCGGGAAACUGUCUACUCAAAACCUGAAGAGAGACGAGACAGAGGAGGAGAAUGAGGAGGAAGAUGACGAGGGCGUGUACAGACCACGGAACCUGGCGUAUGAAGACGUGACCGGGGGAGAGGACUGGGUGCCGUUAGAGGAGCAGGUCGAGACCGAGGAGAUGGUUAAGGGCAGUCACGAAGAGUUUGACAGGGGCUUAGAAGACAGCGAGGAGGCGCGUGAAGCGAUCGAGAGACGAGCCGCACCUAAACUCGAAUCUAGCGAUAAUGCAGAUGACGACACCAAACUUGUGGACUACUUCUUGCUGAAGGUGAUGGAACUGAGCGAUCAGGCGCAGAAGAGAGACCUGACAGACGCGCAGAGCGGAAGGAGAAGAUUGCUGAACAUGCCCUCUCUGCUCGACCCAAGAGCCAUCAAGCAGCUGCUCUCAGCCGUUUCUAUGAAGCUCCAAAUCCCGCCUGAGGAUUUGGUCGGCAUGCUGUUUAUGGAGGAAACUCGGAAGCAGCAGCGUUUACCCGAACAGCAGGUGGCGAGAAAACCCAGCGUCCCUCGCUACCGGAGCCGCGUCAUCAAAUAUUAUAACGGGCGCCAACCGGAAGUCACAGUCGGCGACAUUCCCUCUGAUGUCAAAACCGAAGACAUUCUGAAGGUCCUGGGUCUGGGAAACCUGGCCAACAAGAACGCGAAGUACUUCGUCAAACCGAGACCGUAUAAAACGCCCAUAUCGAGAUAUUUCACUCCGAACGGACGACGCGGGAGUUUCUCGGUGUCCGAGCUGAACAGAGCGCCAAGCAAACGGAAGGACGAUUACGACGACGCGGUGGAUGAAGAUGAAGUGGCCACCUUUCUCGCCGCGAAACUUUUAACCGAGUACCCUGACAGCAGUUCAUCAGACCGCAAAAGAGCUUUGGACUCUUCUAACGCAUCGUUUCCGUACGACAUUUACGAGGAGGCGAUGAAAGAUUUCUUCGACCAGGUGGACACGGGGAAGGGCGCGCCCUCCAAAAGAGACACGCAGGGAAAAGACCAGGCGGAAGUGCAGCAAAAAACACCGACCGAGAUCGCGAUCCAGGAGCAGUCUGAGCAGCAGAUCCCCGAGUCUGUAACCGAAGGAGAGAAAGAGCAUCAUACCAAACUGGUUUCUGGGAUGUAGUGGGUAAGAAUAAACCACAUGGGAACAACAUUCCCCACGUUUCUCCUUACAAAUGCCUCGAUUUCCUCAAGAUUAACCAACGUAAAGUGCUUUAGGAUUAAAUUCUAUAUGAUGUACAUAAUAUAUCCUAUACAAAUGUGCAAGAGUAAAUUAUUAUUAUUUUUUGUCUGUUUUGGGUUCUUAGUGUUUCAAGUGUAUUUUUGCACCGUGCGUUAGUAUGAUGUGCCCUUAUAUUGAGCACUCCGGAGCUUGGUAUAGUCCUAUCGUAAGAGCUAUAUCAUUAUUAGACAAAGAUGGAUGUGAUGUCAUUUUGUACCUGUUCUGAAGUGUGAAAUGACGCAAAGAUUAAUAAAGCAUUACUGUAUUAUUUUUC